UUUUCGUCAAGCGAGUGAUAAUGUCCGACCCAUAAUUUAUUAUAUUAUUAUGUUAAUUACUAUUUACCAUUUUGCACAGACUUCUAUACUACACUUCUGUACUAUAUAGAAAUCUGUGCUAUUUUGUUUCUUAAUAACAGUUUACAGUCCCGCGCUCAAGAUGUUUUUAUACUAAGUGGCUUGUUAUCAAAAUUGAAAAUAUUUAUUUUAACUUAAAACUACCUAUAAUUUCAAAAACGUCAUGUCUAUGUUUAAUUUAAGUAGUGCGAAUAACGCAGGAAGUGCAGCAACCCCUCAAUUUGGAUUUGGAACAUCGCUAGGAGUCUGUCCAUCAUCAUCAACACCAUCAACCACAACUACUUUUAGUAAUUUGGGGGCCACUAAUAAAAGGCAAGCUAAAAAUACACAAUGUUCUUCAUUUGGUAAUGUAGGCGCUCCUACAACUUCAUUAUCAUUUGGAGCUAAUCCUACAUUAGCAACAAAUACAACUAAACCAGGAUUUUCCCUUGGUAACAAUGCAGCUUCAAAUGUUCCAUUAAAUCUUUCUUUUGGCUCAACUGCAACUACAACUGCUUCUCCUUUUUCACUUGGAACUGCAGCAUUGAAUGUCAAACCUACAACAACUCUUACUGGUACACAAUUGGCAUUAGGAACAACUGCUAAUAUAACUACUUCUGCUGCUCCUGUUCCUCGUGGUCUUGGUGGUCUAGAUACAAUUUCAAAUAUAAACCAAGCACAAAAUAAAGCUGUGCCUGCUCUUGAAAUGCCUGUGCCUGAUGAAAUUUUACAAUUAGUCAAUAAUUUAAAGCAAGUAUUGUAUUUGAAAACAUUAAUGGUGCUAGCUAGUCUUAUGCGUUCUACAGACAAGUUUGUGACACAUUAG